UCCAGCAGCCUACACCAUGAAGGGGAUACUGCUUGUGCUGGCCUUGCUGGUGACCAGAGAGCUGGGCUUCCAGACUGAAGCCUGCCCUCUUUUUUAUGGAAUCUUUUCUACAUUAGCUCUUGGAAGCAAGUCAUUACUGGAUGCUUCCCUUGAAGUGGCUAAUUUUACUGAACCAGAAAAGGCAGCCAUGGAAAAAAUCCAGGAUUGCUACAAUGAAAAUGGAUUAUCAGCCAAGGGCUUGGAUUUGAUUGCCAUGGUCUCCAUUACUGCCAGCCCAGAAUGUCUCCUCUUCUAUGUGCAAUCACUGAAGGACAAAAUUUAAAAAUGCCUUUUCAACCUUCCAUGACCAGUUGACACUGAAGUGUUGAACCUUUGCCCCCUGUGUCUGACCUGACCUCCAUCUCCUCACCCUUUUCUCUUUUUUCACCUGAAGCUGGAAUCCAGGCACCUGUCCCCAUCUGAUUCUCUUUAUUAGGCUGACUCUAAUAAAACACCUGCAGCUCC